UGGCCGAAGGAAAGGAAUGAAGCUUCCUUUGUUCGUAAUUAUAUUAUUUAAUUAGCCAAAAUAAAAACAUCGAAAAUGAAGGAAAUAGACAUAAAUAUAGAGGGAUAUAAUGUGAACGGCAUAUGUGUUGGUUGUUUGAACCACAAUCGGAAUAUGUUUUACAGAAACGAAGUUAAAGAAUGUUUUAAAACAUUAGCUGAUAUUGAUGUGCCAGACGGCCUAUCAAUACAAGUAUGUUGGGAGUGUUUAGCUCGCAUAAAAAACAUCAUGCAGUUUAAGAAACAAAUAGUAAAGUCAUAUGAUAUACUUAUUAACUACUCAAGAAAACAUACCUUCCUGAACUCUCCCUACGAUCUUUCACAACACGCUACCACAAAUCUAAUCACCACUAAACUAGUCGGCUAUACAAGUAGAGACGGUGAUUUGGAAGAAAUUAAACAAGAGAAAUUUGAGUCGGUAGCAGACGUGAAGGAGGAAUUUGAUGUUGAUGUUUUUGGUGAAACAUUCAUAAAAGACGAAGAUACAUUUGAUUUAGGGGCAAUAGACACGCAUUCUUCUGACGACAAUACUCUCUUAUCGGAUUUAGUAAGAGAUGAUGGAGAUAAUAAGAGUAAGAAAGAGAGGAAGGAGAAACCGGAGAAGAGGAAAAGAAAAAAGACAAAAACGCGCAGACAAAAUAACCUACCGGAAGAUCUGGUAGAAGAGUUCUCUAUGACAGAAGAAGAGAUGCACUCAGUAAGAGAAAGAGAUGUUUCGAGCGCUGAGUUCGCGAGUUUGAAACAUAAGUGUUGUGACUGUGUGCGGGAGUUUAAUUCUAAGAAAUUGUUAGAGGGUCACUUGAGCGGGAAACAUUGUCAGAAAGACGCAAAAUCCCACCAGUGCGACGUGUGCAAAGGUUAUUUUAUAAAUAAGGAAAACCUAACGAAACACAAAAAUCGACAUUUAAGAGCGUUCCGAUGUAAAGAAUGUGGUCUAGUAACAACAUUGAAAAGAAUAAUGCUGAGGCAUGAGUGCGCCAAGCGUAUAGAACGAUAUUCCUGUACCGAAUGUGAUAAGACUUUUUGUUCAAAAUCAAAACUAGCGUAUCAUAAAAAUGUAUGCCACGAAGAGAAGCCGCAGUGCGACUGUUGUGGAAAAGUAUUCGCGAAUAAAAUGACUCUGAAGUACCAUUUGAAAAUUCUACCCGCCAAAAAGGAUGAAAAGCCAAAGGAAAUGUUGUAUAUACCGUGCAAGGGGUGCGACAAAGUGUUUCACUCACAGAAGAGUUACAGAGCACAUGUCGUAAUACACGACGGCCUAUCCUACCCGUGCCCUAUAUGCGGCAAACUAUUCCAAUGGAAGCGAAACCUCGCACGUCACGCGCGCAACCACCGCGACCGGGAAACAGGAACCACGCACCAGUGCCGCGAGUGCGGGAAGACGUUCUCGAGCCGCGACUGCUACAACAACCACAUGAAGCUCAGCAAGCGGCACGUGCCCGAGAGCGCGCUCCUACACGCCUGCCACUACUGCGAUAAAAGAUUUGCAACCAAAUGGUGUAUGGUCGACCACAUUGACUGGGACCAUUUGAAACAGAUCAAAUAUAGGUGCAAAGUUUGUUAUAAGCCAUUCAAAACAGCGAAAAUAAUGGUCGCUCACAUGAACAAUAUACACGAAGGAAAAAACAAAAAGGAGCCGGAUGGAGAGCAUUUAUGUGAGAUCUGUGGUAAAUCUUAUAAGACAGAAAAACGUCUAAAAGGCCACGUAUGGGCGAUGCACACGAAACGUUCUAACACAAAGAGCUUCAAGUGCUCGUUAUGUCCCGCUACAUUCACAUGGCAGACGUCCAUUUAUAAACAUAUGCGUAUGAUGCAUGAUAAUAAACGAAAGCAACCCCGGGCUUUACCAUCGAAGAAAGAAGAGCCAUAUGUGGAAAUAGAAUUAACGAACCCAUACUUUCAGCAGAAUAUAAUAAACCCAAGUUUACAACCGAUAAAUAUAGUACAGAAUAUCGGUUAAAUGGGUUUGAAUCGGUAAUGCCGGUUGACGACUGAUGCCAUAUUAUAAAUAAAUGAAUUUUAUAUUG